CACGCAUGCGCACAGUACACUGAAGGCCUUGAAAACGUCGGAUGGAGGUUAAAAAUGACAAGGAAUUUGCCUACGGGAAUCUCGAACACAACACGCUAGUUUUGCUAUCUCUGUCCAGAUAUUUAAGAAGUGGAGCAAGAGAUUCACUCGAUCAUCCUUCCUGCUCAGACGGUAGGUAGGGAUUCACUCAAUCAUCUGACCAACUGACAUGCCUAUUAGUUUACAUGGGGGGAGCCCAUUCAUCUGCUCAGACAGUGGGAAUGGAUUCACUCGGUCAUCUCAACUGAAGGUACAUCAGCAAGUUCACACUGGGCAAGGCCAUUCACCUGUUCUGUGAGUGAGAAGGGAUUCAGUUGGUCUUCCCACCUGCGGACACACCAGUCAGUUCACACUGGGCAGAGGCUGGUCAUCUGAGGAAUUUGUGGAGAAGGAUUGACUCGGUCAUCUGUCCUAAUGGCUCACCAGCGAGUUCACACCGGGGAGAGGCCGUUCACCUGCUCGGACUGUGGGAAAGGAUUCACUUCCACAUAUAAGUUACUGAGACACCAGUCAGUUCACACCGGGGAGAGGCCAUUCACCUGCUCAGACUGUGGGAAGGGAUUCGCUCAGACAUCUCAACUGAAGGUACAUCAGCGAGUUCACACUGGGGAGAGGCCAUUCACCUGCUCAGACUGUGGGAAGGGAUUCGCUCAGUCAUCUCAACUGAAGGAACAUCAGCAAGUUCACACUGGGGAGAGGCCAUUCACCUGCUUGGACUGCGGGAUGGGAUUCAUUUCAUCAUAUAAGUUACUGAAACACCGGUCAGUUCACACCGGAGAGUGGCCGUUCACCUGCUCAGACUGCGGAAAGGGAUUCACUGAGUUACCUCAACUUCAGGUACAUCAGCGAGUUCACACCAGAGAGAGGCCAUUCACCUGCUCAAACUGUGGGAAGGGAUUCGCUCAGUCAUCUCAACUGAAGGUACAUCAGCGAGUUCACACUGGAGAGUGGCCAAUAACCUGCUCGGACUGUGGGAUAGGAUUCGCUUCGUCAUCCCAUUUGAAGAUACAUCAGCGAGUUCACACUGGUGAGAGGCCGUUCACCUGCUCAGACUGUGGGAAGGGAUUCACUUCAUCAUCCCAUCUGAAGAUACAUCAGCGAGUUCACACUGGGGAGAGGCCAUUCACCUGCUCAGACUGUGGGAAGGGAUUCAUUUCAUCAUCCCAUCUGAAGGUACAUCAGCGAGUUCACACUGGGGAGAGGCCGUUCACCUGCUCGGACUGUGGGAAAGGAUACUCUCAGUUAUCUCAACUGAAGGCACACCAGGGAGUUCACACCGGCGAGUGGCCAAUCACCUGCUCGGACUGCGGGAAGGGAUUUGCUUCGUCAUCCCAUCUGAAGAUACAUCAGCGAGUUCAUACCGGAAAGUGGCCAAUCACCUGCUCAGACUGUGGGAAGGGAUUCCCUUCGUUAUCCCAACUGAAGAUACAUCAGCGAGUUCACACUGGUGAGAGACCAUUCACCUGCUCAGACUGUGGGAAGGGAUUCACUCGAUCAUCCCAUCUGCAGAUACAUCAGCGAGUUCACACUGGUGAGAGGCCGUUCACUUGCUCAGUCUGUGGGAAGGGUUUCACUUCGUCAUCCCAACUGAAGGUACAUCAGCAAGUUCACACUGGGGAGAGGCCGUUCACUUGCUCAGAGUGUGGGAAGGGAUUCACUCGGUCAUCCCAACUACUGGCACACCAGCAAGUUCACACUGGGGAGUGGCCUUUCACCUGCUCAGAAUGUGGGAAGGGAUUCACUAAGUCAUCCACCUUACUGGUACAUCGGCGAGUUCACACUGGGGAGAAGCCGUUCACUUGCUCAGAAUGUGGGAAGGGAUUCACUCAGUCAUCCAUCCUAAAGGCACACCAGCGCCUUCACACUGGGUAGAGACCAAUAUGCUUGGACUUUGGGAAGAAAUUCUCUCAGCCAAAACAACCAGUGUGCAUCAUUGAGUUCACACUGGGGAGAGGCCGUUCACCUGCUGUGAAUGUAGGAAGCAAUUCACUCAGUCAUCUAAUGUUAUGUAGCUUCCAGUUGUGCUGGCAACUUAACAGAGGGGGUUAUAGCCCCCAGUCUGGCCAAACUGAAGAAUCUCGUUUGGG